AUGUGUGGUCAGGAAGGCCUGGUUCAAAAACAAACUACACAGGAAGAGGAAGUUGUUGUCUACAAACUUGAGUUGUAUUUCAGUCUGAUACUCAGUCAGCAGGAAGACACCAUGGAGGUUACAGCUCUCUGCUUCAGACUGUUGAUGCUUGAAUUCACUCUGCUGAACAGUUAUACUCAGAAAAUUGGGUCAACCUGCACCAUUGAGAGACUCUAUCCAGCAGACAGUGGAGAAUACUGGUGUGAGACUGAAGGAGGAGAUACAAGCAACACGGUCAACAUCUCUGUCACUGUUGGUUCAGUGAUCCUGGAGAGUCCUGUCCUUCCUCUGAUGGAAGGAGAAACUGUGACUAUGCGCUGCAGAAACAAGACCUCAUCCACCAACCUUCCAGCUGAUUUCUAUAAAGAUGGCCGCCUCAUGAAGAGCAGGUCUGGAGAAGAGAUGACCAUUAACAAUGUUUCCAAGUCUGAUGAAGGACUCUACAAGUGCAGCAUUGCUGGAAAUGGAGAAUCACCAGAGAGCUGGUUGGCUGUCGGAGCACCUCACAGAGAGACCUGUCCCUUCUCAGAUCACUUCAGUUAUGUCCUCAUCUUAAGGACUGUGUUCACCAUAGUGAUGGUGGCUCUGCUGCUGCUGCUGGGACUGCUGCACUCUGGGAAACUUAGAGUCAAACACAAAUACCUGAUACUCAUGUGUAAAGGUCAAUCUCAGCUGACUGGCUCAUCAAUAGUAGCAACACUUGGUAAUGACAUCAUCUUACCAUAUCAACUGGAGCCUGUGGAAGAUGCUACUGACUUGACAUUGGAGUGGACGAGGUCUGACCUGGACCCCAGAUUUGUCCAUGUGUGGCGUUCUGGGAAAGAACUUGUGAGUAAAAAACACAAAUCCUUCGAAGGAAGAACAUCGCUGUUCGUCGAUGAGCUGAUGUCUGGAAACAUUUCACUGAAACUGUCCAAAGUGAAACUCGCUGAUCGGGGAACAUACAGAUGUUUUAUUCCAGGACUGGACAGGCAGUCUUUUGUUCAACUACAUGUUGGUGCUGUCUCCUCACCAGUCAUCAGUUUAGUAGGACUAGACCGAGACAAAGGAGGAGUGGUUCUACAGUGUGAGUCUGAAGGCUGGUAUCCAGAGCCUGAGGUGUUGUGGCUGGACGGUGAGGGAAACCUCCUCUCUGCUGGACCUCCAGAGACAGUCAGAGGUCCUGAUGAUCUCUAUACUGUCAGCAGCAGCGUGACUGUGGAGAAGAGACCCAGCAACAGAUUCACCUGUAGAGUCCAGCAGAAGGACACCAACCAGACCAGAGAGACAGAAAUCCAUGUUCCAGGUAAACAUGAUUAGCUAUGGACCAGUUUAAAAUAAAUAUCAUGUUAUUCCAGCAGCUUAUAACGACCGAGAAUUAC